AUGGGAACGAAAAUAUCAAGACAACAUCAUCGAACAACUCUUGCACGUGAUAAUAUUUCCCGUAUUGCUAAUCAAGAAGUUCAAAAUUUUAAUGAGAUUUUUUCUUCAACGACUGCUGAAAUAUCUUUAGAACAAGAAAAGUCACAUAAUCAUUUAGCAACAAAAAAACAUCGUCAUGAUCCAAAUAUUCAAAAAGAAGCACUUAAUAUAAGAAAAAGUCAAUCAACUGGAAAUUUAUCUAGUACAACGCUUGUUUUUACAUAUCAACAAUUAUUAAAUAAUCAAAAACAACGAACACAUAGAAAUAAGGCAUCAUCAUCGCAAAAUCCAAGCAGGGUUCAUUCAGAUUCGACAACAAGUUUCGACCAAAUAUCUUCUUCAAAAUUGAAAAGAAAGAAAAUUCCAUAUAAUUCUCAACUUGAUGUCAUUGACUCAAAAGACUUAAAAUAUAUUCGUGAAAUUGGUAAAGGUAAUUUUGGUACUGUGUAUCAUGCUUUAUACAAAGGUACUUAUGAUGUUGCAUUAAAAACAUUAAAUAUUCAAGACGAAAAUCCUAAUAGAUGUUCUAUCUUUAAUGAUGAUGAUGAUUAUAUGCAUGCAAAUCUUUUACGUAUAAUUGGUGUAACAUUUUUUGAAAGUCAACAAUCAAGUUGGAUAACAGAUUUUAUGAGAAAUGGUUCAUGA